AUGAAUGUUGAACAAAGGUUAUGCUACGAGCAAGUAAAAAAUGCCGUACUAAACGACGCUAACCACGAUCGUAGAUUUUUUAUCUAUGGUAGCGCCGGGUGUGGAAAAACGUACCUGUAUAAUACCAUCAUUGAUUUGCUGGCCAGACGAAACAUAUCGGCGAUCGUGGUAGCUUUUACAGGUAUUGCCGCCCUGUUAUUGCGAGGAGGACAAACGGCACAUUCAAAGUUCAAGCUACCCAUUGAUCUUUCCCCUGAGAGCACUUCUACAAUAAUGGCACAAAGUGAAGAAGCACAAAUGUUGAGAGAUGCGAAAAUUUUAAUAUUUGACGAAAUAUCAAUGGCCAGAUAUGAAAUAAUUAAUAUAAUAGACAGAUGUUUAAGGGAUAUUCGCCAAGAUGAAAGACCAUUCGGCAAUAUUGUCACUAUAUUGGGCGGUGAUAUAAAACAACUGCUACCAAUCGUUAGCGGAGGAAGAGCAGAACAGUUACAAUCGCUCUUCUACCAUUGUAACGAAUGGCAUAGUUUCAAGCACAUGAAACUCAACGUGAACAUGCGUGCUGAUCCCGCCGAACUGGAAUUUGCAAAUUGGCUCGAAAAGGUUGGUCGGCAUAGCCCAGAGAUUCGAAUAACCCAUCCACGAUCGAUGAGAACCGAUUUAGUUCAAAUACCGAAUGAAUGCGUGGUGGAAGACGUUGUGGGAGCCAUAUACGGUGAUAUUGAUUUCAAAUUCCCAACCUUUCCACAAUUAUUAGCAGACCGCUCAAUAAUUUGCCUAAGGAACGACGUCUGCACCGAGAUAAAUAAUAAGAUGCUGAGACGGUUGCCAGGCGAUAUCGUGACCGUUUAUAGUGUCGAUAAUGUCGACUCUGACAAUCCGAAAGACGCAGAAAAUUUCCCGAUGGAAUUUCUGAAUCGUAUCAAAUACGGCGGCUUACCUGAUCACGAAUUAAUGCUUAAGGUAGGCGCACCCGUCAUUUUGCUGCGCAAUAUUGAUGCGAGAUCAGGCUUGGUGAAUGGCACACGCCUCAUCAUAAAACAAGUCAGUCAAAACGCUAUCAUAGCCGACAUUGCUUUCGGAGUGAAUAAAGGAAAAACUGUAUUUAUUCCAAAAUUCGACAUCAAAUGCAGAGUCGACACGCAUUCAGUGAAUCUCAAGCGAAGACAAUUCCCAGUGAAAUUAAGCUUUGCAAUCACUGUGAAUAAAGCGCAAGGUCAAACUUUGGAGAAAGUCGGUAUAUGUCUAACGACACCAGUGUACGCACACGGUCAGUUGUACACUGCACUUUCACGUGCCAAACGAAUGUCAGCACUUAAAGUCCAAAUUCGAACAAGCGAACAUCAAGGAACGACUAAGGAAAAUCACAUAAACAGAACUUUGGCUCGCAACGUAGUUUAUGAAUCGGUUAUGAAUCGGUUCCAAUAA